AAGUCUCUGAGUUUUCUCCAACUGUUUGCCUGGCCUCUUUCCAGCUGACAUCAUUUUACUUUUGGUCAAAGCAAAUCUCCAAAGUCCCCGAAAAUUGUUUAAGUGUUUAAAGCGCACCACUGCGGUGGAGAACUGAAGAGCAAGCCGUUUGAAUGUCCCGCCAGCGGAGUCGUCGCCCGGCAGCGGAAAUAGUCCGGGAAUUGCGGCGCCUGAGGGCCACGCCAUUGCGAAUCGACGACGAGGAUGAGUCCUGGGCUGAGGGACACGAGCGGAGAUCCGCUCCGGAUGUGCCGGUGGCCAGUUGCGGGGAGUUGGAACAACUGCGCCUAAGUCGCCACCGGAUCGGGCUGCUCCUGGUGCGGCCCGCCUUCGAACAGGCCGUCACGGGAUGCUUUGUCCGGGUGAAUAUCAACGGGCGGCAGGAGCUGCCCGAGUAUCGGAUAGCCGAGGUGCUGGGCCUGGGCGAACUGGACCUUGGAUACCAGCUCGAGGAGGUGCCCACGAACGUGGCCCUGAGACUGCGCUACGAGGAUCUGGUGGUGCUGCACGAGAUCGGCGACAUCUCGAACCUGGCCUUCACCCAGGAGGAGUUCGAGUGGUGGCGCGACAACUGCGUCAGCCAGGCCAUCAGUCCGCCCACCACCCACACGGUGGCCCGCAAGAAGGUCGAGCUGUACAACGCGCUGCAGUGCGAGGCCAGGGCACUGGCCACCAUCCGGCGGGGCAUCACCUUCAAGCUGCGGCCGCCGCACAAGAGCGGGAUCAUGGAGCGGCAUGGCGGCGUCUAUCCCUGGCGGCUGCACAUACCGCCGAAAAACGGACUCCCUGGCAGGGGACUCCUUAGCAGGGGGGCAGGUGGAUUCGGGGGCAGAAGCCCUUUCAUCACUAGAACCCAAUCAGAACGACAGUUUACCUGAAUCAUAAGCCAUUUGGCAUACGAACAAGAACAAGUUUAAAGCAUUCACAAUGAAUAAAUUGAUCCAUUUAGAUGCAUAUUAUGAGAAAAUUUAAGCACAAACACUAAGAGAUGUGCCAGCUUAAACACGAAAUUUGAUAUGUCAAGUUAAGAAAUGGGUCGCCUUUUCACAGGACAUUGAAAAUUUGAUAUGAAUUUAAUUUAAAAAUGACUUCAAACAAUUGACUGCCAAUAAUUGUGUAUCU